AUGAAAGUGCUGGGUUUCUUCUUUUCGCUAUGCUUUCUCGGAAUUUCGGCGAAAAGUUUUUAUAACUUAACAGCAGUCAGCAUUGAUCUCCUCAAAAUAAAAGGUAAAGAUGAUAAACCUUUUGGUCCUCCAAGAUAUUCUAAUGACGAAAUGGCCAUGGGAACUUCGUUUGUGUAUACCUAUUUGAGCAAUCAUCUGGAACCAGACAGCUCUGAACGACUAUUCUUAACUGUGUCUAAUCCAAGUGAUGGAGCAGCCAGUAUAACAAUCACCUCUCCUUUUAAUGGUUUCACUACAAUCAUGAGAACAGUUCCUGCUCAUCAAUCGUUACCAAUCAACAUUGUGCCAACCAAUAUUCAAGCAGACUAUGACAACAACUUGCUCAGAAAUUACACUAUUGACAAUAGAUCCAUUUUUGUCACUUCAAACGUUUCAGUCAAACUAGUGGCAACUAAUCAGGCUUCUGACGGAAGCUCUGAAGACAAGUUUGCUGUUUUGCCGAUAUGCCAACUGGGUUUCGAAUAUAUUGUCAUUGCUGAUGAAGCUCCACGAAAAAAUAUUUCUACUGUCAACAUAUUUAGUGUUAUUGCAAUGGAAGAUAACACACAGGUUCGCAUUGGAUAUCUUCUUAUAAAUGAGAAUUUAUCCAAAGGCCAAGUUUUAACCUAUGCAACAGACUACGCUGUCAGUGGUUUUGAUAUCAAAUCGAAUAAGAAGAUCGCAGUCAUCACAGGAAGCAUGUGUGGUUUUGGAUUUUCUAAUCCACAGCAUUGUAGUCAUGAAGCUACCAUGGAAUACCCAACAAACGAUUGGGAUACGGAAUAUCCUCAUUAUAAGUUCAAUUAUGAAGAUGCUUCGGAGGUUAUGGUCUUUUUUUUGCAAGACAAUACAAGUAUUACUAUCGACGACUACACCAUUCCGGUUCUCUACAGUAGUGACCAAUUUGUUAUCUUUGGAAUAAACACUGGAAUUUAUAUCAGUGCAGAUAAACCAAUUUAUGCAAUGAUGGUUGGUAGUGUCAACAUUCAAUCAGAUGGGGCACCUUUUUUGGUCAACCUUGUUGGAAAGAAUCAUAUGACAUCAGGGCCUGUAGUUUUCGCUACUGGAAUGAACUCGGAUGAAGGUUUGAACAUGAAACAUUUCGCCAGAGUUAUAACAACUCUUGAUUUUACCGGAUACAUCAGCGUCAACGGGUAUACGCCAAAUCCUAUACUGUACAGAAGGAUGGGAAAAAGUGACUACUACUUCAUUGAUGUUCAAGUGACAGCAGGGCAGCAAGUAGUUCAAACUACUGAUGCUGGUGCUACUUUCGGAGUAAUCGCAUAUGGAUAUGGAUUUUUCAGAUCUUAUGCUUUCAACCCAGGGCUUAACUUGCAAACUGACGGAGCUUGCUGA